GACUAGAAGAAGUUAGAGCCAACAAGAGUUCGUUUAGAGCCCGUUUAAGCUCCAUAACACCUCUAAAGUCUCGGUUCCUUACUAGUCUUCAACAAGUCUGUUUCACUUUCUCUCUCGAACUCGAGAGGAAGAAAUGCUUGCAAAUCCCAAACUUACCAAUGCCUUCAAAGCUUCCCAAGACUCAUCAAGUGACGAAUCGAGUGAGUCAAGUGAUGAAUCAAAUGACUCAAGCACAUCCGAAGAGUUAAAUGACAAAGAAGAUGAAGAAAAGGCGAUGAGAAGGAAGUAUACGAAUUUGCUCAAAUGGAAAAAGCAUGUGAAGAGGAAAGAAGCAUAUUCAAAGCCGAAGAAAGAACAACAUAAGCUAAGGAACUUGAGUACAUACCCAAAUCAAGAAUAAAUGAAGAAAUUUUUAUGAUGUGAACUUUGAAAAGAUUUAUUAAAAAUAAAUCAUGAGAAUAAAAAAAAUGAAUUAAGUAAGAGAACCUUUUUUAGUAAAGGUCAAUUAAAUCAAUUUUGACUCUAUCAAAGUCAAACACCCAAAAAUAUGAUGACAGAAAAAGUAUUAAAAAUAAAUGUAAAAAUUAUAUCGUUAGAUAGAGUUUAAUUGUCUAAUCACAACGAUGCAAACGGAAUUCAAUUCGGAGAAAGUUGGACCAAAAAGUGUACCCCAACUGGGACCAAAUUAGUCCCAAUCAAGGACUUAUGUUUAG